CUAGGCGCAGAAGCGGUAAGGACGAGAGGAGAGGGGACUUGUCGGCCUGACGGCCCGCCGAGGACUGACCCUGCUAACUGGGGAAUCGCCCUAGCCAGACGGAAGGUGCAGGGACAAGAAUAAAGACGGGGGCAACUCAGACGACUCGGGAAGGAGUGAGACGAAAAAGCAAGGACUUUAAGCCGGGCGGGACUCAGGGCGGAGGUGGAGGGGGGUGGGGAGCGGAGCCGGAAGCCGGGAACUACAAGUCCCAGAGGGCCUAGAGGCUAAGUCCCGGAUGUGGUGGCCGUGAAGCCUGAUGGGACAGGUAGUUUUGCGAAGGACCUAACCCAGAGGUUUGCGAGGUUGGACGUUCUGAGACCUGAGGCGCCGGGAGCGGGAGACAUGGAACUGGAGCAGAGAGAGGGGACCAUGGCAGCUGUGGGCUUUGAAGAGUUCUCGGCGCCACCAGGCUCGGAGUUGGCGCUGCCUCCGCUGUUCGGCGGUCACAUCUUGGAGAGCGAACUGGAGACAGAAGUGGAGUUCGUGUCUGGGGGUCUGGGCGGCUCAGGGCUCCGUGAGCGAGAUGAAGAGGAAGAGGCUGCCCGUGGCCAGCAUCGGCGCCAGCGGGAACUAAAUCGUAGGAAGUACCAGGCACUAGGGCGGCGCUGCCGGGAGAUCGAGCAGGUGAACGAGCGGGUCCUGAACAGACUCCAUCAGGUGCAGAGGAUAACACGGCGACUUCAGCAGGAGCGGAGGUUCCUUAUGAGAGUGCUGGACGCUUAUGGGGAUGACUACCGCGCCAGCCAGCUGACCAUUGUCCUUGAGGACGAGGGCAGCCAGGGCACAGAUGCCCCCACUCCUGGCAAUGCUGAAAAUGAGCCUCCAGAGAAAGAGGGCCUGUCCCCGCCCCGAAGGACACCUGCACCCCCAGAACCCGGCAGCCCGACCCCCGGUGAGGGGCCCAGCGGACGCAAGAGGCGGCGAGCGCCCCGGGAUGGACGCCGAGCGGGAGCCGUGUUGAGUCCAGAGCUGGCCCCGGUGCAGAUUAAGGUUGAGGAAGACUUUGGCUUUGAAGCAGAUGAGGCCCUGGACUCCAGCUGGGUUUCUCGGGGGCCAGACAAACUGCUGCCGUACCCCACCCUAGCCAGCCCUCCCUUUGACUGACCCCCACCCCCAAUAAACUGACCCCCACAAACGCCUUGGCCGCCGUCUACUGUUUCCACC